AAGCCUACCAUGAGCAGCUUUCUGUAGCAGAGAUCACCAAUGCGUGCUUUGAGCCUGCCAACCAGAUGGUGAAAUGUGACCCUCGCCAUGGUAAAUACAUGGCUUGCUGCCUGUUGUACCGUGGUGAUGUGGUUCCCAAAGAUGUCAAUGCUGCCAUUGCCACCAUCAAGACCAAGCGUACCAUCCAGUUUGUGGACUGGUGCCCCACUGGCUUCAAAGUUGGCAUUAAUUACCAGCCUCCCACUGUGGUACCUGGUGGAGACCUGGCCAAAGUACAGCGAGCUGUGUGCAUGCUGAGCAACACCACAGCUAUUGCUGAGGCCUGGGCGCGCCUGGACCACAAGUUUGACCUGAUGUAUGCCAAGCGUGCCUUUGUUCACUGGUACGUGGGUGAGGGCAUGGAGGAAGGAGAGUUUUCUGAGGCCCGUGAGGACAUGGCUGCCCUUGAGAAGGAUUAUGAGGAGGUUGGUGUUGAUUCUGUUGAAGGAGAAGGUGAGGAAGAAGGAGAGGAAUACUAAAGUUAAUGUGUCACAAAGGUGCUGCUUUUACAGGGAAGCUUAUUCUGUUUUAAACAUUGAAAAGCUGUGGUCUGAACAGUGAAUUUGUAUGUAGCAGUGUAUACUCUCAUAUACAAUUACUGGCCUAUGCUUUAAAACAACACUUUGUUACAGACCUAACCUGUCCAUUUCUCUGAUGGGUUUGAAUAAAGUAUUCCCUGUCUUAAAUGA